UUCAUGAUUUAUUUCUAGUUUAGUACACGUUUGCUAAUCUCUAGCAUUCUCCUCAAUGUUUUUCCAGCAAUGCUUUUCAAUUUGAGGUUAAGGUAUCAUUUGAUUCGAUUUUGGGAUGUGAUGAAUUGAAUAACGAAAAUAACAAUGGAAAACGUUGCACAAAAAUGUUGUACAAUCGAAUCGAAAUCUCAAAAACUAAAAGUUCUGGCGAUUCACGGAUACCGUCAAAGUGCGGAGACGUUCAGACAAAAAACUGGAUCGUUCCGAAAAAUGGUACACAAAUGGGCCGAAUUUACCUAUGUAACUGCACCACAUAAAGUUAUCUUAGUAGACGAAUUGGCAGUUGACGACAUUGAAAUAGGACAAAGUCGAAAUGAAGAACAGUAUGGUUGGUUUUUUAAUAGAGACGAUAAAACAUUUCGUGGUAUCAGAAAGGGUGGACCCGCAAUUGGAUUUGAGGAGAGCAUAAGAUUUAUAGAAAAGGUGUUUCAAGAAGAAGGGCCAUUCGAUGGAUUAUUUGGAUUCUCUCAAGGUGCUUGUUUUGUUGGACUCUUGUGUGAUCUACAACAGAGAGGAUUGAUAAAUGUGAAUUUUAAUUUUGCAAUAAUGGUAUCCGGUUUCAAAUCAGGAAGUUUGCCUCAUUUGAAAUACUUCAGUGAUAUUAUCACAAUCCCAUCUCUUCAUGUUUUUGGAGAAAAUGAUCAAAUCAUUCCAACAGACAUGUCAGAAGCAUUAAGUUAUUGUUUUGAGGAACCCACUCUAGUUAAGCAUCCAGGAGGACAUUAUGUACCGGCUGCACAACCUCAGAAACAUGAUUACCAGAAAUUCUUUAAAUUGCAACUUUUAAAAAAGGAAUAUGAUAGUCAACAACAUCUGGAAGGAAAUAAUAGUAUAUAAUAAAAAUAAAUUGUAAUUAUUUUUAUUUAUUUCAUAUAAAAUACAUAAUAAAAGAAUAAUCAAUAAAUAAA